UCUGGAACCUCUGGAUUUGACUUAAAAUGAAUUUUGAUUUUGUGUGGAUGGGAAACAGGUUCUCUCUAACAUUGUGAUGUCAUUAAGACUCUUGACUCGGGAAGAAACCCCAUGGGAAAAACAAAUCUUUGGGCAGACAAGCAAGGGCCUCCUGACCUAGCAGCCAAGACUGCCCCAGACCUCCUACCAUGUACCCCAACCCUCUCAUCUACUGCACCUGCUGGGACCCCUGGAACUUGGGACCACGGAAGCUAAUCAAGACCCCUCAGCCACCAAGAAAGACCUCCACAGGGAAGCCCAAGCUAACCCUUCUUCCUCCAGCUUCAAAAAAACAAAAUUAUGUCCAACCACCAACAAAACCUGUUGUCUCCCCAAAAGUGAAAACCCAUUUAGGAAAACAAGAGGAGAGCAAUACUUUACCUUCUGAAGUGAUCAAAGUGUGCCCCGGCUAUCGCCUCUUUCGAAAUAGGGAGCAGAUUUCCGUCACCUUGGGAGAUGAGAUGUUUGGUAGGAAAAAGCGUUUGAAAUCAGAGAUCAUGGACAAAAUCAGCAUUCGCAGGACUGAUAUCAUUUCUGACCUAGAAGAGCAGAUCUCAGAGCUGACGAUGAUAAUAGAGCAAAUGAACAGAGACCACCGGUCUGCCGAAACAAUGCUCUCCAAUGAAAUGGAAAUCCGCUGUGCUGAGAUGAAGCAGGACUUUGAAAACAAGAGCAGGGAGCUCAAAGAGGCUCACGCAGCAGAGCUCAGUGAGUUGGAGAACAACUACAAAGCAGCCUUAAAGGAAGAGAAGUUGGCUUCCCAAGAAAAACUAGAGGAGAUGGGAAAGGAAUACAAGUAUUUGAAGAAUAUGUUUUAUAUGUAUCAGGACAGCCUUUAUGAUGAAAUGGAAGAUAAGUGGUCAAAGAAGAAGGCAGAAUGGGAGAAGGAUGAGAAGUCGGAGCGGGAAAAGAUCCUGCUACAGCAAAAACAUAAGAUGACAAAAAAGUUUGAGUUGGAGACGGAAGAAGAAAAGAAAAAAUUAAAUGACUCCUACAGUGCUCUCUUUGAGACCUUCACGCGAGAGAAGGAGGAGCUCUUGAAACAACAUGAAAAGGACACCUUGCAAUUAAAGGAGCUAAAAAAGACCAAAGAGAUCAUAGAGGAAGAGUUGCAUGCACAAGCUGUUAUCCUAGAAUCACUGAACAAUACCCUCUACCAAACCCAGAUGGAACUCCAGAAGGAGAAAGCUGCGGUGGCAAAUCUGGAGAAAACACUCCAGACCAAGCUUGCUGAAACUGAAGAGAAGUUUAAAUUCACCAUACAUCUCCUGAGAGAAGAAAACAUUCAUCUGAGGCAAAAGAUAAAUGCCAAGAAUGGAGGAACUUAUGAAGAGCGAUCUGGAAGGUCAACCUGUAUUACUAUUUAUGAGGAUGAUUCUGAGACUUUAGAAGACGGUAGCAACAAAAGACAAGAACUAUGAGCAGAAAAGUUGUUCUCCAUCAUCGGAGCUGGAGGCACAUCCUAACCUGGCCGGUGGCUGCCCUCCGGACCUGGGGGCUCACCUUCCCGUUUGGAGCUGCCCAUCAUCUUGGAAAGAGGAACAACUUGGCUGCAGAGACCAGAAUCGCCAGCCCUUGGAAGAUCCCCAGCCCGUUUGCAUAUCUGUAAACUGCCCGUUUGCCCUUUUACCUACUUUCCUUUGAACUUCUACCAGUCUAAGCAGUCGGCUUACGGUGGGGUCCAGAGCAGACUUUUGUGGAUGACCUGCUGCUCUCCCGUGCUGCCAGCAAUAUUGGAAUAAACACUCACAUAGGAUUCAACCCUGUCUCUGCUUAAUUGGCUCAAGUAGUGACAGGCAGCACGGACCCAAUGUUUGUCUGGUUACACAUUCAGUUUCUUUCUAUAGACUCCUUUACACCA